AUGGAUCGGCAUUGGAUGAAAACAGCACGCAUUACUGAAGAGUACGAAAAUGGGGUUGAAGGUUUCUUAAAAUUUGCUAAAGAUAAUGCAUCCGACAAUGGUGGACUAUACUUUUGUCCUUGUGUUAAAUGUUUGAAUGGGCGACGACAAUGUUUGGAUGACAUUAGAACACACCUUAUCUGUGAUGGUAUCUGUCCUACUUAUACAAAAUGGAUAUGGCAUGGUGAGUUACCAGAAAUGUCAUCAACCCCUCCAACUGCUCCAACUGAUGAACAAGUCGGUGAUCAAAUAGAAGACAUGCUACGUGAUCUUGGACAAGAGGGUUUUAGGCAAGCAAAUGCACCGUAUUAUGACACCUUACAUAAUGAUUCAAAGAUUCCAUUGUUUAUUGGAUGCACUAAGUACACACGGUUAUCAGGGGUGUUAGCUCUGGUCAAUUUGAAAGCAAGAUUUGGGUGGAGUGACAAAAGUUUCAAUGAAUUACUGUUGUUAUUGAAGAAUAUGCUUCCAGGAGAUAACACGUUACCAAAGACUCAUUACGAGGCAAAGAAGAUAUUAUGUCCUGUUGGAAUGGAAUACCAAAAAAUACAUGCUUGCCGUAAUGAUUGCAUUUUGUAUAGACAUGAGUUUGCUGAAUUGCGCAACUGCCCUACAUGUGGGGUGUCACGCUACAAAGUGGGUUCUGGCGCUUCCAGUGAAGCUGGAUCCACAUACAUUGAUCGGCCAGCAAAAGUGUGUUGGUAUCUUCCAGUAAUACCAAGGUUUAAGCGAUUGUUUGCUAAUGCAGAAGAUGCAAAAAACCUAACAUGGCAUGUUGAUGGUAGGACCAAAGAUGGAUUGCUCCGUCAUCCUGCUGAUUCUCCUCAGUGGAAGAAAGUUGAUCAGUUGUAUCCAGUGUUUGCCGAAGAUCCCAGAAACCUAAGGGUUGGUCUCGCAUCGGAUGGAAUGAAUCCAUUUCGAAGCUUAAGUUGCAAUCAUAGUUCGUGGCCUGUUUUGUUGAUCAUUUACAACCUGCCUCCUUGGUUGUGCAUCAAGCGGAAGUACAUAAUGAUGUCUAUGAUGAUAGCCGGUCCAAGACAACCAGGAAAUGACAUUGAUGUGUAUCUUGCUCCCUUGAUUGAAGACCUAACAAAAUUGUGGGUAGAAGGGGUUGAUGUGUAUGAUGGGAAUGCUCAUGAGUCCUUCAGGUUGCGAGCUAUGAUUUUCUGCACCAUUAAUGACUUUCCAGCAUAUGGGAAUUUGAGUGGAUAUAGUGUGAAAGGCCACCUUGCUUGUCCCAUUUGUGAGAAAGACACAACUUACCUCCAAUUAAAGCAUGGCAAAAAAACUGUAUAUACAAGACACCGUAGAUUUUUACAACCUUUUCACCCAUACAGGCGACUGAAGAAAGCGUUUGAUGGGACAUCUGAGAAUGACAGUGCAUCAAUUCCUUUGUCAGGUGUUGAAGUUUUUGAUCGUGUGAAGAACAUUUGCAAUAUAUAUGGGAAGACACAAAAGAAAGAUGGCGCUCCCAAAAACAUUUGGAAGAAAAGGUCCAUCUUCUUUGAUCUUCCAUACUGGUGCAACUUAGAUGUGAGACAUUGUUUAGAUGUGAUGCAUGUUGAAAAAAAUGUCUGUGACAGUUUGGUUGGCACACUGCUUAACAUUAAAGGGAAGACAAAAGAUGGUUUGAAAUGUCGUCAAGAUUUAGUGGAAAUGGGAGUACGACACCAGUUGCAUCCUGUGUCAAAAGGUCUUCGAACGUAUUUGCCGCCCGCAUGUCAUACGAUGUCAACAUAUGAGAAAAAAAGUUUUUGUCAUUGUCUGAAAAAUGUCAAAGUCCCACAAGGAUACUCUUCAAAUAUCAAGAGCCUUGUAUCAGUGGAUGAAAUGAAAUUGGUGGGGUUGAAGUCCCAUGAUUGUCACGUUUUGAUGCAACAAUUAUUGCCUGUUGCCAUUCGUGGAAUAUUGCCUGACAAAGUUAGGGUUGCAAUAACUCGAUUGUGUUUUUUCUUUAAUGCAAUCUGUAGCAAAGUGAUUGACCCUAAACAGUUGGAUGAUUUGGAAAAUGAGGCUGCCAUUAUCAUUUGUCAAUUGGAGAUGUACUUUCCCCCAACUUUUUUUGACAUAAUGAUUCACUUACUUGUUCAUCUUGUUCGAGAAAUACGUUUGUGUGGGCCUGUAUAUUUGCGGUGGAUGUAUCCGGUUGAGCGGUACAUGAAGGUGUUGAAAAGUUACACGAAGAAUCAAUAUAGGCCAGAAGCAAGCAUUGUUGAAAGGUACGUGGCAGAAGAAGCUAUUGAGUUUUGCUCUACUUACAUCGAAGAUGCAUCACCUGUUGGUAUUCCUGAAAGUCGUCAUGAAGCUACACGACAAGGUAGGGGAACGCGAGGAUUCAAUGUUGUAACCAUGGAUCGCCAGAAACUAUCACAAGCGCAUUUGUAUGUACUUAACAACACAGCUGAGGUAAUACCAUACAUAGAUGCUCACAAAGAAUAUGUGGCAGCUUCUCACCCAAACAUGAAUAUGAUGAGGGUGUUGCAGGAACACAAUAGAAGUUUCAUUAAUUGGUUUAGAAAUACAAUAUUUGCUAGCGACAGUGCUUCUAAGACAUUAUCAUUACUAGCUGUUGGGCCGAAUCUUAAUGUCCUCACUUGGAAGGGUUAUGACAUCAACAAUUAUUCCUUCUACACAAAGUCACAAGAUGAUAAAAGUACCGUGCAAAAUAGUGGGGUCAUGAUUGAUGCUCAUUCAGACCACUUUAGUCGUGCAUCGGAUAACAAUCCUAUUCGAGCUUCCAUGGCUUAUUAUGGAGUCAUAACCGAUAUCUGGGAGCUAGACUAUGGUGAAUUUAGAGUGCCUGUUUUCAAGUGCCAAUGGGUUAAACUAAACCCAGAAUCUAAAUUGAAAAUGCUCACUGUAAUUGGCUUGUAUCUGGGAAUAUGGGUGGGGUGGGGUGUGGAAUAA